GUCUGUGAAGGAAUAUAUACUUAACCUUGACAGACAUGAGAUCUUGAUGGCUAUACUAGGUGCCACGUCGUUGAUAGGGAUGCAAGAGUAAUGAGAAGACAGUGCAAUAUGUGCCGUGUGGCGAGACGUGACGCCCACUGACAAUCUUACAGCAGCACCAGAGUCAAGAUAAUUUCACCUUUCAUGGCACUCAAAUACCAGACUGGGUAAUAGUAAUGAAGCAUCGUUGACCUAUAGACGACAUGCUACCCUGGAAACAAUGCUCGUGAGGGGUAAAAGGAAAUGGCUAUACGAAAGUUGUCUGUUUAAAUGGGAAUACAAAGAUAAAGGCUGACUACCUUGUACCAACACCUGAGCUAAGAUGAUUUCACGGUCAUGACAUUGAAAUACUAAACUGGGGUAUAGGUAAGAAGCAUCCUGGACCCAUAGACGAGAUGCUACCUUAAGAAACAAUGCAAUGAAGGGUGAGAGGAAGCUGUGACACGAAAUAUGAAGUCACCAGGGAAUAAAAAUACUAUAACAGAGUGGCUGGCAUGCUAAAGGGUCUUUCUGCUCGUUCACCGUGGCACUCAGUAACAUAUAAGUCCCCGAGUGUGUGAUGUCAGGCUCUCUCAGUUGCCAUGGCCUCUCCACGCAAGCGAGAACUACACUCAGGGAAGGAGAAGACGUCUCUAUCCAAAGCCACCAGUAAGAAGAGGAAAGUCCCGUGGUGGCAAAGGGACAUCAUCUACCAGGUGUACCCACGCUCGUUCAGGGACACCAGUGGGAAUGGCACGGGCGAUAUCAAAGGAGUCACUUCGAAGGCCGAGUACCUGGCCGGCCUGGGUGUGGGGGCGGUGUGGCUGAGUCCGUUCUUCCAGUCACCCAUGAAGGACUUCGGCUACGACAUCUCCAACUACACGGCGGUGGACCCCAUCUUCGGCACCAUGGCGGACUUCGAGGAGAUGGUGGCCGAGCUGCACAGGCGGGGGUUAAAAGUCAUACUGGAUUUCGUCCCUAACCACACGAGUGACCAACACGAGUGGUUCCUUAAGUCCGUGAAACGCGAGGACCCCUACACCGACUACUUCGUGUGGGCGGAUUCUGAGGGGACAGAUGAGGAGGGGCUGCCCAUCCCUCCCAACAACUGGUUGAGUGUGUUCCGCGGCUCAGCGUGGGAAUGGAGCGAGGAGAGGAAACAAUUCUACUACCACCAGUUCCUCGCCACACAGCCUGACCUCAACUUCCGCUGUGAUGCUGUGCGGGAGGAGAUGAAGAACGUCCUCACCUUCUGGAUGGACAAGGGCGUGGAUGGCUUCCGGGUGGACGCUGUGAAGCACUUGUAUGAGGUCGAGGACCUGAGCCUGGACGAGCCCCUAGCACCCGGCCACCACAACCCCAGCGACUACGACUCCCUCCAGCACCCCUACACCAGCAACCAACCAGAGAACCUGGAUGCCGUGAGGGAGUGGCGGAAACUGCUCGACGCGCGCUCCGAGAAGGCCUUCAUGGUGGAGGUCUUCGGUGACACAGUGGAAGAGGUGAUGAAUUACUAUGGGACGGAGGAGGACCCACUGGCGGACUUCCCCUUCAACUUCCAACUGAUCGACAACCUGGAGAGCCGAAAACGUUUGGACGGCGAGUCUCUGAAGGCAACCGUGUCCCUCUGGCUGGACAACCUCCCUGCCGGCAAGUGGCCCAACUGGGUGCUUGGUAACCAUGACAAGAACCGCGUCUCCAGCCGUCUGGGGACUGACCUCAUCGACGCCCUCAACAUGGUGAUCCUCCUGCUGCCUGGCACACCGGUGACCUACUAUGGCGAGGAGAUAGGCAUGGAGGACACAUUCAUCAGCUGGGAGGACACAGUUGACCCCUCAGGCUGCAGAUGGGGCCCGGAUCUCUACCAAAAGUACAGUCGCGACCCGGCCAGGACACCGAUGCAGUGGGACAACAGAGACUUUGCCGGGUUCACCAACGGCAGCUCGACCUGGCUCCCCGUCAACCCAAACUACCCCAAGGUCAAUGUGGCGAGGCAGGUCAGCGCCUCCGCCAGCCACCUCAAGGUCUAUCAGCAGCUGGCCCAGUUGAGGAGGGAGGACACCUUCUUGAGGGGGAACACCACUUUCCCCGUCACCACCAAGGAUGUUUUUAGCUUCAUGAGAUCACUUGAGGGGUCGGACAGCUACCUCAUAGUGGUGAAUACUAACGAGGAGGAGAUCAAAGCCGACCUGCUCAAAGACUCCACCGAGGAACUGCCCAGCAACGCAACGGUCGUCCUGCGCUCCGCCUCCGACACCUCCAGCGCCACACAGCCCGGGGCUGUGGUCUCCCUGGACGCUGUGCCGCUGCUGGGCGGGGAAGGACUUGUUCUGGCCUUGGCUGCAGAGGAGGACGACUGAGGAGCAGUCCUUGUACCCAUCACUGGAAGACUCACCUCAGUUUAAGGGUAUUGAUCUUAAGUGUUUAGUGAGUACUGUAGUUAGUAAUACCAGACUUCUUUUUUCGAUGAGAUAUAUCAUGGCUACAGCUCGAGGUAGUAGUCUUAAGUGUUCUGUUUCCAUGAGUUUUGCCUAAUUUCUUUUUUAAAUGAGACAUAUUGAGGCACUGUUGGACUUGCCUCAUCCUCAGUUCUAGGUUAUUAAGCCAUAGUAUCUAGUUUCUGUGAGUCUUGCCAAAUUUUUUUUAUCAAUGAAACAUAUACUGAAGUACUGCUGGACUCCCCUCUCCCUCAACUUUAGGGUCUGAUUCAUCCAAAGUGUUUAGUUCCUGACUUCUGUUUUCAGUGAGACAUAUAUUGAAGUACAAACAGGUCGAUCUCGUUCACAAAAUUCCCUCUCGUGUCUCGCUGCAGUAACAGUUUAUAUGUAUGAUAGAUUUUAUGCAAAGUUCCUCUCGUGUCAAUCUGCAACCACAGAGUAUAUAAUGUGAUGGGUAUUAUGCAAAGUCCCCUCUUGUGUCAAUCUGCAGCCACACUUGAUAUUAGGUGAUGGAUCUUAUACAAAGUUAACUCUCAUGUCAAUCUUCAGCCACAUUUUAUUAUAUUUGUAAUUGAUUUUAUGCAGUUCCCUCUCAUGUUGUGUAUCUACAGCCACAGUUUGUUAUAAUUGUGAUAGAUACUGUGACUUUUCUUCAUCCUCAGUUCAAGGGUCUUAAGUCAUCCAAAGGCAUAAGUUUUCAUAAGAUUUGCCAGAUGUCUUUCGUGAUAGAUUUUAUGUGAAGUUACCUUAUGUGUGUAUCUGCAGCCACAGUUUAUUAUACCUGUGAUAGAUUCUGUGCCUCUUAUUCUUCAUCCUCAGUUCAAGGGUCCUAGUCAUCCGAGGUAUUCAGUUUCCAUAAGAUUUGCCAGACUUCUUGCGUGAUAGAUUUAUGCAAAGUUCCUUCUCGUGUGUAUCUGCAGCCACAGUUUAUUAUACCUGUGAUAGAUUCUGUGCCUCUUAUUCUUCAUCCUCAGUUCAAGGGUCUUAGUCAUCCAAGGUAUUCAGUUUCCAUAAGAUUUGCCAGACUUCUUACGUGAUAGAUUUUAUGCAAAGUUCCUUCUCAUGACGAUCUACAGCCACAGUUUAUUAUAUUUGUGAUAGAUUCAGUGACUCUUCUUCUUCAUCCUCAGUUCAAGGGUCUUAGUCAUCCAAAGGCAUUAGUUUCCAUAAGAUUUGCCAGACUUCUUACAUAAUAGAUUUUAUGCAAAGUUCCCUCUCAUGUUUAUCAGUAGCCACAGUCUAUUAUAUUUGUGAUAGAUUCUGUUCCUCUUGUGCUUUAUCCUCAGUUCAAGGGUCUUAGUCAUCCAGAGGCAUAAGUUUUCAUAAGAUUUGCCAGACUUCUUUUAUGAUAGAUUUUAUGCAAAGUUCCCUCUUGUGUUUAUCAGCAGCCACAGUCUAUUAUAUUUGUGAUAGAUUCUGUUCCUCUUGUUCUUUAUCCUCAGUUCAAGGGUCCUAGUCAUCCAAAGGUUUUAGUAUCCACAAGUUAUGUCAGACUUAUUUCUUCAUUAGAUCAUAAGAACAUAAGAACAUAAUGAGUGUGCAAGAGGCCGGUAGGCUCAUACAAGGCAGCUCCUGUGAACCUAACCCCACCGAACCUCACUACCCAUGAAUCUAUCUAACCUUUUUUUAAUGUAUCUAUCGUAUUGGCACUCACAACAUGACUGCCGAGCCUGUUCCAUUCACCCGCCACUCUGUUAUUCAGUGGGACAUAUUCAAGUACACAAAAGGACAAAGGUAGAUUACGUGCCAUGUUUCCUAUUGUGUUUUGAGGCAGUGACAGCUAACACACACACACUAACACUAUCACUAACACACACACACACACACACACACACACACACCUUCCCACCCUGACAGGCAAGAGCAGAUGGGAGUUGGUGAGAGCCAGAGUCUUGUAGAGUGGGUGGCUGCAGGGUGGGGCGGAUUAUAUGUCAUGUUUUCUAUUGGGUCUUGAGGCUGUGACAGUGUACAUGUGUGAUAGUUUUUUUUUGGAAAGUUUCUCUGGUGUCCUUUGUUUUACCGCAAGGGAGGAAGCUCAAGGCUCAAAAUAAUAAAACAAUAAUGAAAGAAACAUCAGAUGCUGCCCCAAUAAAGGAAAAAGAAUGAAUGAAUGGCCAGAGGAGAGGUGAUAGAUUUUUUAUAAAGUUCCUCUUGUGGCUUAUUUUUUACAGCAAGGGAGGGAGACAGCUUGAGGGCAUAAAACAAAACAGCAAUAAAAAACGCCGCUAGGUUCUGCUCAAAUAAAAGGAAAAAAGAAUGAGUACCAAAAGAGAGGUCAAUUUCGGGUGCAAUAACAGUUGAUAAAAAGGGAAGUAGAGGAGGGAAGAAAAAGGGAAGAGGAGAAGGAAGAAUAAAGGAAGAGGGAAGAGAGGAAGAAAAAAGGGAAAGAGAGGUAGGGAAAUGGUUACCAAUAUACCCCACCAUUGAAAAGGAAGAGGGAAGGGAGGAGAGAAAAGAGAAUGAAGGAAGGGAGGGGCAAGAAAGAAGGAAGGAAGGAAGUGAUAAAAAAGGAGGAGGAAGAAAGGAAAGAGAAAAGAGGGAGGGACAAGAAGGAUGGAGGUGAUGAAAAAUGAAGGAGGAGGAAAGGAAAGAAAGAGGAGGAAAGGAAAGAGAAAGGAGGGAGGGAAGGAGGAACAAGAAGGAAGGAAGAAAGUGAUGGAACAGGAAGGAGAGAGAGAGAGAGAGAGAGAGAGAGAGAGAGAGAGAGAGAGAGAGAGAGAGAGAGAGAGAGAGAGAGAGAGAGAGAGAGAGAGAGAGAGAGAGAGAGAGAGAGAGAGAGAGAAAGGAAAAAAAGGGCUACAAACUAGAAAAUAAUUAAUAGGUCUUGUUACCAUAAAAAAUAAUUAAUAGGUCUUGUUACCAUAAAAAAUAAUUAAUAGGUCUUGUUACCAUAACAAAAUAAUUAAUAGGUCUUGUUACCAUAAAAAAUAAUUAAUAGGUCUUGUUACCAUAAAAAAUAAUUAAUAGGUCUUGUUACCAUAAAAAAUAAUUAAUAGGUCUUGUUACCAUAAAAAAAUAGUCUCCUGCAUGUCUUUAUUUGUACUAGUCAUGUAAUAGUAGCAAUGUGUGGGUUUGUAUAUUAUGUAGUAGUGCUAGUUGGACCUCUGUUGGAGUUUGCAGUGUUGUGUUUUUAAUUUUCAGCUCUUGGAUGGAAAAUAAUAAUAAAAGUACUGCAGUGU